UAGACAGUUCUAAGCAGCAGUUAGUCAUCACUGUAACUUUCUGCAGCCUGAAGAGCAGAACUCGAGGCUUAAAUGGAUGCUUUUGUUCCACGUUUGUCACUCUGGUGGAUUUUCUUUGGAUACCUCUGCUUUGCUGCUUCUGGAGCUGAACCAUACCAGAAAAACAUCACAGCUGAGUCUGGACAGGACGUCACUCUGACAUGUCGAGCUCAAAACUACAACAAUCAAACUUUGCAGUGGAACAGAACUGACUUGGAAGAUGAAGAAUAUGUCCUUUUGUAUCGGCAGGGGAUAUUUAAUACAGACAACCAGCAUCCAUCUUUUAAGAACCGGGUGGAUCUGCAGGACAGACAGAUGAAGGAUGGAAACGUGUCUUUGAUUCUGUACAAUGUGACGGCUGCUGAUAAUGGAACAUAUGAAUGUCGUGUUUUUAUAAAUGGAACAAGUGACCCUAUCUCCAUCAUCACCCUGAGUGUUGAUCCUCCAGGUCACACAGGUGGACACACAGAGGAUGGAGGGAGAGAGGCAGGAGGGAAGGAGGCAGGAGGGAAGGAGGAUGGAUCUGUUGGACUGAUAGUCGGUCUGUCUAUUUGUGCUGUGCUUCUUGUUGCUGCUGUUGUUGGUUUUUUGAUCUACAGAUAACAUAAACAACAACAGAAUAAGGAUUCCUACCAGCCUCCAGCUGAACAGCAGCCUGUUUGAAAUGUGUCAGAACUUAUUUUUUUCCUCAUCUGAGUCUCUUGCUUCUCUUCCAGCUUCUCCAAGAUGACACUGAGCAUUCAGGGUAUAAUAAUAGUUUUAAUAAUAAUAGUUUUUAAGAAGUAGAAAACUGUCCCAAAGUUAAAGUUGUGCCUUUAGCUCCUCACUCGCUCAUCGACCUUCAUGAACACCAGCUGAAGUCUUCAUAAGAAGUUUAGUUUAUCAGACUAAACUUAUCUUCAUACUGUGAUCCGUAGCUGUUACUUCCUGCUCUCGACCUCCUGCUGAGCCAACAUCAAACUACCUGCUGCUUCACUUUAAACAGAUAAAACACUCAUGUUUAUAUCACAGAAGCUUCUAAUGUUUAUUAUAUACAGCUUUAAGCACUGCACACUUUUUUAUUUUAUUAUUGAACACUGUAUUUAAUAUAUUUAU